AGCCUCGAAUUGGAAGUCCUGCUGUUCGACCGCAACACUUCGGUCGUUUACGCGCCGCCCGCAACCAACGGCUCGUCGAACGCGACCGCCGGCGGUGACGGCGGCAGCAGCAGCAAGUACACCUUCACGGUCGAUCAAUCGCUGGCCAAGCUGUCGCUGUCGGUGACCGGCUGGCCGUGGCGCGACGACGGCAGCAGGCUGAGGGUCAAGCUGGCCCUGAACCCCCAGUUCAGCGAGGUGGUGAUGCGCCCCGGUACGCCGCAAGCCAACAUGACCACGCUCGAGCUGCAGGGCCAGGGCGGCGCGUCGGCCAACGUGACCACGGUGGUGCGGCUGGUGGACUUUGCCUACGUCGAUGGCGGCAACCAGACGGUGGAGGUACAGUUUUGGGCCAACGCUACCGACUCGUCGUUGACAUUAGAGUUCCCCUACUUCGCCUCAUCGCUGUAUUACGAUCCCGAUUUGGGGCUGCUCGUGCAGGGCAAGGACAAAGAAGGUGGAGGAGGUGGAGACUCAGACCUGGCGUUGAUCGUGGCCGUGUCGGUGGUGGUACCCGUGGCGGUGCUGCUCGUGGUGGCCGUGAUCGUCGCAGCGCUUGUGGUGGCCUGGUGGCAACGACGCCAGAGUAGCGCCCGUCUCGACAACGUCAACUUCGGGCCAAGCGCCGACGAUGAACUGUAA